AUGUUUCAUCCAAGAAUAUACAGAGGUGGGAUGGCUAAUGAGAGCGCAGCACAAGAUGAUGAUAACCUGAAAAAGAAGCGUGGUGGAAGGAAGCAUAAAGGAAGUAGCCUGCGCAGAGCACUUCAGACCCCCGAGCACGGGCAAGAACCCCCCGACCUGGCCAAACUGCUGUGGUAUUCGUGUGGUGUUGCAGCAGUUCUUCUGCAGUGCAUCGCAUCCGACCCAGAGACCAGGCCACCCUUCCUGAAGGCACAACUCCCCCUCUGGGUGUUUCCGUUGAUAGACACGACUGAGGAGUCAGAGGUUUACGAAUACAUGCGGUGA